AUGUUAUUUGACGUCAGUCCCAAAAUCGCAGUGGACUUCCUGAGGAGGAUGAAGCAUGAGGAGCUGGCUGACCGUCUGCAGAGCAAACUUUUUGCUGCUGUGUGUCAGCCUAAACUUAAAUCUGCUCUGAAGAAGAAGUUCGAGUGUGUGUUUGAGGGCAUCGCUAAAGCAGGAAACCCAACCCUUCUGAAUCAGAUCUACACAGAGCUCUACAUCACAGAGGGAGGGACUGCAGAGGUCAAUGAUGAACAUGAGGUCAGACAGAUUGAAACAGCAUCCAGGAAACCAGACAGACCAGAAACAACCAUCAGACAAGAAAACAUCUUUAAAGGCUCACCUAGAAGAGAUGAACCAAUCAGAACAGUGCUGACAAAGGGAGUGGCUGGCAUUGGGAAAACAGUCUUAACACAGAAAUACACCCUGGACUGGGCUGAAGACAAAGCCAACCAGGACAUCCAGUUCAUAUUACCGUGCCAGCAGUGCACAAUUGCGCACGCACCCAGCUUAGAGGGAACAUUGCUGGUGACCAAAGUCCUGGCUGAGACUGUGAGCGUGAGCGGCUUGUUCAUAGUGGAGAUCUGGACAUUGGUGACUCCGGGCUAG